ACAUUUCAUUUUUAGUUUCAGUUUCAUCCCAAGCAGACUAAAUUCUAUGUACGACAGAAAUUCCCAGUUGAAAUCAUAAAUCUAUAAAAAAAAUCUUAAAAAAUAAGUUUUUUGGCAUCUCUUUUGUUUUUUGUACAUCUUUUUUUUAUACAACUUGCUAUCAAGAUGAUGCUGUCUACCUAUCAACAUGACUAUGUGCCGCCCAAUGCCAAACGGUACGAGUUUCUCACGCGACCCCAGGGCCUUGAUGGCCACUCUGGCCCACAGAUCAUAGAGUGCCAGUGCGUGGACGAGUCGAAGAUCAAGAUGCCACCGAAUGCGUCCACGAACUGUGGCGGCGUUGAGUGGACGGGCAUUGCGCCAAUGGGCAAGCUGGUGGAUCCGCGUCUCAUACCCACGCAGCUGACCCAGGAUCAAGUGGACAAGAUGGCCUUCUCGGCGGAGACGGAUUGCUUCAAGCUGCAGCCGAAUCGAUUCCUCAAAAUCCUGCGCACCGUUUACCCGGACUUAUAUGAGCGAUUGAAGGUUAUGCCCAAGGAGGAGUUGAGCCGCAGGCUGGAAACGAACCGCAUGUUCACCACCUAUCAGAUCGACUACUGUGCCAUGAACGAGUAUCCGGAGGGAAUAUACGAGAGCCUCAAGACCGAGGACGAGUCCAAGAAUGCCAGCAAGCUGAUGAGCGAACGGGGACCGUGCAAUGAGUUCCGUUCGAACGUGAUGAACGAACUGGAACGGGAGGCGUCCUCUGGCUACGAGGUGUCCAACGAUGAGUGCUUGAAGACAUACAAGCCGUUCAAGACCAGCUUCUCGGACUCCUCGCAGACCAUUGAAUCCGGCAGCAGUUCGCACUGGAGCUCAGCCCCAACCACGUAUAGGAAAAUGCCCACAUUCAGCGAGUACAUGGACUCCAUUAGUCGCAACGGUUGCGUUAUUAUGCGCAACAAGCUGCACGAUCACUCCAAGUGUUUGGCCAAAUACUGCAAGCACGAACUGAAGUUCACUUGCAAUGACAUGAAGUGAUCCCGUCAAGACUUGUGCAUUAAAUAUAUAUGUGUAACA